AUGUCGACCUCGACGCCGACCUCGACGUCGCGCGCGCACGGUGGUGGCGUUGUGCGCGCGCGAUGGCGAUCGCGCUCGUCUCGCGUUGAGCGUCGAGUUGGCACCAACGCUGCGAGCGCGGAUGAAUCGGAAUUUGAAAAUGACCAACUAGAGUCAAAGAAGACGCUGGUGGUGAUCGAGUGCGAUGGCGCGGUCGUCGACGUGCAUGGAGACGGACACAGAGUGGCGUUUAAUCGAGCGUUUGCGUCGAAGGGGUUGAACGGGGUGACCUGGGAUCACGCCGAGUACGCGUCGUUAUUGAGAAGCGGAGGCGGGACGCCGUACGGAAUGUGCGAGCGGUACUUUACCUUUUAUGGCUACCCGUCCGCGGUCUCUCCGGCGACGAAACGCAAGAUUGAGAACGAUGAGUAUAUGCAGGCUAUGAAGCGGUUGCAAGAGAUUGUUCCGCUGGCCACGGACGAGAUGGAUUCCGAGGACGACUCUGAGGAGGGACGCGCAAGCGCUGAGGACGAAAAGCGAAUGAGGGAAAUUUUCCUGCGAGAUUUGAUCAAGGAGAAGGAUAAUCAAUUCGGUCUUAUGAUCGAUGAGCAUGCACUCAAGAUUCGAAGCGGUGUGGAGCGAUUCUUGGAUGAUUGCAUUCGAGAGAAUGACAAGAUCCAGGUUCUGCUCGUGUCGGAAACCGGCAGCAAUCCGUCAGAAAGGGUCUUGGACGCGGCGAUGCACAAGCUGGGCGAGCUUCGCGCGGCAGGAAUCUCCGUGAUGAACGCAUCCGAUCUCGCUGCACCAUCGUCGAUGUCGCAGGCGAUCCAAAAGCAAAAGGGUGAUUUACUUGCACCUGAGAUCGGUGGCGACUUGCAGCGCCAAAAUUUGAACUCGGACGUCAUCAUCGACGCCGGCAUGUUCUCUUCCAGUCUUCGAUCGGUGCUCACGGCGGAAACUAUCACCGAGCUCGCUGUCUCGCGCGGAUUCGAUCCGAAAAACGUCAUAUUUAUCGGCGGUGCACUUUCAACAUGCUCGGCGGCGUCGUCGGCUGGAUGUUUUUCUGUCAUGGUGCGAACGCAGCUGCAUCGAGGUGGUGAGUUCCCCGGCGUUGACUCCGUCGUCGACGGCUACGGCGCGGGCGAGGGAAUCACGCUUCGUCGAAUCCUUGCCAUCAGCGGCUCUAGAUCUCGCUGA